AUGCAUUCUGCAUGGGACUCUAUGACUACUCGUCUGGAUGGGUUAACUCAUAAGCUGGAUCAAAAUUCGAAGAGCACACAAGCUACUCUCCAGGUUGAAACUGAUGAAGCUGUUGAUGAUGAGAUUGAAAUGGAACCAAAUCCAGUCGUGCAGACACCGGCCGUUCCAUCCAAGGCGGUCGAGAAGCCUACUGUUGAGAAACCACCGGUUAAACCGUAUAAACCAAAGAUACCAUUUCCUCAACGAUUGAGGAAGGCAAAGAUCAAGGAGAAUUUCAAAAAGUUUGUUGAUUUGAUUCAAAAUAUUAACAUCACUAUUCCUUUAGUUGAUCUUCUUGCAGGUAUGCCUAAUUAUGCAAAGUUUCUCAAGGAACUCAUCUCGGAUAAGAAGAAGUUGGAAGAGGCAAAGACGGCAGUCAUGAGUGCCGAGUGUUCCGCCAUCAUCAAGAACGAGAUUCCCCCUAAGUUGGAAGAUCUAGGGAGGUUUCUUAUUUCUUGUUCUUUUGGUGCUAUGUUGCAUAUGGCAUUGGCCGAUCUUGGGGCCAACAUUAACUUAAUGCCUUAUUCUAUUUAG